AACGAGGGUUCACUGACAGAGAAGCGCAAGCAGCGUCGUAUCCGUACCACGUUCACGUCCGCGCAGCUCAAGGAGCUCGAGCGAGCUUUCCAGGAGACCCACUACCCAGACAUCUACACGCGGGAAGAAAUCGCCAUGAAGAUUGAUCUCACUGAAGCGAGAGUACAGGUAUGGUUCCAGAACAGACGGGCAAAGUUUCGUAAGCAGGAGCGUUUGGCACAGCAGAAGGCGGGCGAGGCACCAGUGAAGGCGGAGGGCAAGCGAGACAAGCCUGGCUCCCCAGCCUCCCCGCAGCACACCCCGCCUGCACCACAACCAACGCACCAUACUCUGCCACAUCUGUCGCCGCCUGACCUAAAACCUAUCACCUCUGCAGCGAACAAACUCUGCGAUGAGCUAAACGGUGUGGGCAGCGGGGGAGGUGGGAUGCCACCAGUUAGCAGCGCCGGCGGCAAGUGGGCCGGCGGCUGCGGCCUACUGCGACAGCCCUCCGGCUUCCCACUGCUAGGUGUCGCGCCCCCAAACUACCUACUCUCUGACCACCUCGGCACUCUAGCCAAAACGAACAACCAUCUUUUCUAAUGGACUGUACCACGCGAUGACGCCGACCUUACCACUGAAGAUACACUGAACGCGUACUACUCGUCCUUGUAUUUUAUGUGACGGCAGUGAAUCAGUGUCGCAAAAUGUGCAAGAUUUACAGCCUUUUUGAAUGGACUGUACAAGCUAUUACUUGUAAUGAGGACGAUUACAAAGGUCGAUACACUGAAGUACAGUUGUAAUCAAAAGUGAAUUCACCACGGAGCUGUUUCGCUAGUUAUUCGUGUGUGUACUUUAAGUGACAUUGUUAUGUGAACUUUAAAAGUGAUUUACAAAUGUGUAGCAAAUAUGUAAAUUGGACUAAUAUGGGACAUUAGUAAUAAAACGACCGUGUCCAUUAUAAGUAGUGAAUGCAAUAUAAAACAUUGCAAAGUAGUGUAUUAAUACACUUAGUAAUUAUUUUAAUUGAAUGGCUGAAUU